UCUGCCGCUGCCUUACAGGCUUCGGAUUGUGCCUUGACGUCUUAGUAAGUUGGUAUAUUGUUCGUCAACAGGAGUCAGAUUCAGAUAAUAAUUCGCCUCAAAUAUACGGUCAGGAGUAGGUUUGUCUGAACGCGCAGCUUCACCCAUUCCAUUUUUUUAUCUGUACUGUCAUGUUGAAUUUAGGUACGGUACGACUUGACCCACUGAAUAUAUGAUAUCGAGUAUUCGUUGCGUUCAGCGUACAUUUGUCAGAUUAGCCGUGCGCAACGUACGAAGUUCAAGUGAGACAUCAGACAUCAUCCGGAAAAUAACAAAGCCAUCGGCUACACCUUUGCUUCCCGAAAUUCAGUUACAUUUAAUUACCACGGAAUGUGAUCUUUGGACUUCUUCUCCUGAACAUUGUCCCGUGCCUGACCCUUAUUGGGCAUUUUUAUGGCCUGGAGGACAAGCUUUGUCGAGAUUCUUAUUGGAUAAUCCAAGUAUCACUAAGGAAAAGAAUAUUUUGGAUAUAGGAAGUGGAUGCGGUGCGUCUGUGAUAUCGGCGUUAAAAUGUGGAGCCAAUCAUGUGGUAGCGAAUGAUAUUGAUCCGAUCGCUUUAACCUCUGUUAAACUGAAUAUGGAACUGAAUUUUUCAGAAGAUGCCCUUGUGCAACUUCUUGCGAAACUGGUAUAUUAUGGAAACGAUAUAUUAUUGGAUCACGAAAACUGUUAUGAUAAACAAAGUAUCCAUAAUUUUCGUAUUUUGUGCAAUUCCAUGUCUAUAAACUCCUAUAAUUUUGUAUUUGAUGUAAUAUUAAUUGGAGAUUUGUUUUAUGAAGAAUCAAUUGUAACCAGAUUGUUUAAUUUAUUAGGAGCUAUUAACAAACUCCAUCCUGAAACUAAAAUUCUAAUUGGUGAUCCGGGCCGUCCGUUUUUACUGGAACAUUCUAUGUUGAAAUAUUUGGACGCAGUUUGUGAAUACAAAUUACCUGAUAGCUGUAUUGAGGAGAAUUAUGGAUUCUCUACAGCUUGUGUUUACGAAUUUUGUAAGUAGACUAAUGAACACAAUAAAUCUAAUCCACUGUUUUCGAAUAUUUUGAAAAAGCGAGUUUUUAAUCAAGAUGACCGUAUGACUAAUUGACUACGAGGAAAUUUCUGGCGUAUAUGUAUUUUAGUUUAAUUAUUCGCCGAUGUUACUGCUAUUCUUUAAAUAAAUUAUACACAGGAAGCCAAUAGAAUAUUUUCAUGAAUACAUUUUCUUACUCGUUGGUUAAAAAUUUUAAUUACACAAUAUGCCGAAUUUUUCUGAAGUAUUACUCGUAUUUAGUAGAAUGUUGGCUUUGUCAUAUUGCAGCAGUCAAAAAGUAUUUUGCGAGCCUACACUACAAAUUACAAAAUAAGCAAUAAGAAAUAUUUUUUCACAUAACAAUAGGUGCCUCGAUUAUACAAUUUGAGAUUCUUUGUCUUUCAAUAAUCGGGUGUUUAAAAAUUCUGUCAUUCAGUGUAUGUUCAUGAUAAUUGUAGAUUAUAAGCAACUUAGUGCUUAUGGUGAGGCUCUACAAGAAACCUAUAACGUGUU